GCUGUACUGCCCUUGCGCCCCGGAAGCGGAAGCCUGUGGGGCCUUCCCGGCGGCUGAUUCGAGGGCUUGUUUGGUCAGAAGCGGGGCCUCAGGGAAGCUGCCCCUUAGCCAGCCAUGCCGUCUGAGGGUCGCUGCUGGGAGACCUUGCAGGCUCUACGCAGUUCCGACAAAGGUCGCCUUUGCUACUACCGCGACUCGCUGCUGCGGAGCGAGGAUGUUUUAGAAGAAUGUAUGUCUCUUCCCAAGCUAUCUUCUUAUUCUGGAUGGGUGGUAGAGCACGUCCUACCCCAUAUGCAGGAGAACCAACCUCUCUCUGAGACUUCGCCAUCCUCUACAUCAGCUUCAGCCCUAGACCAACCCUCAUUUGUUCCCAAAUCUCCUGACACAAGCUCUGCCUUUUCCCCAGCCUCCCCUGCAACACCAAAUGGAACCAAGGGCAAAGAUGAGUCCCAGCACACAGAAUCUAUGGUACUUCAGUCCUCACGGGGGAUCAAAGUGGAAGGCUGCAUCCGAAUGUACGAACUGGUACACAGAAUGAAAGGAACAGAGGGCCUGAGGCAAUGGCAGGAGGAGCAGGAGAGGAAGGUGCGAGCCCUCUCGGAGAUGGCAUCUGAACAACUGAAGCGGUUUGAUGAAUGGAAGGAACUGAAGCAGCAUAAAGAGUUCCAGGACUUGCGGGAAGUAAUGGAGAAGAGCUCCAGAGAAGCCUUGGGACACCAAGAGAAGCUAAAAGCUGAGCACCGUCACAGAGCAAAGAUUCUCAACCUGAAGCUGCGGGAGGCAGAGCAGCAGCGUGUGAAGCAAGCGGAACAGGAGCGGCUUCGGAAGGAAGAAGGCCAGGUCCGCCUGCGGGCCCUCUAUGCUCUGCAGGAGGAGAUGCUGCAGCUUAGCCAGCAGCUGGAUGCCUCUGAGCAGCACAAAGGUCUGCUUAAGGUCGACCUGGCUGCCUUCCAGACCCGAGGCAACCAGCUGUGCAGCCUCAUCUCAGGGAUCAUCCGGUCCUCUUCAGAGAGCGGCUAUCCUACAGCAGAGAGCCAAGCUGAGGCUGAGCGAGCUCUGCAGGAAAUGCGGGACCUCCUGAUGAACUUGGGGCAGGAGAUCACCAGAGCCUGUGAAGACAAGAGGAGGCAGGAUGAAGAGGAGGCCCAGGUAAAGCUGCAAGAGGCACAGAUGCAGCAGGGACCAGAGGCCCACAAAGAGCCCCCAGCUCCCAGCCAGGGCCCAGGAGGGAAACAGAAUGAAGACCUCCAGGUGAAGGUACAAGACAUUACAAUGCAGUGGUACCAGCAGCUGCAGGAUGCUUCCAUGCAGUGUGUGUUGACCUUUGAGGGCCUGACCAACAGUAAGGACAGUCAGGCCAAAAAGAUAAAGAUGGACCUCCAGAAGGCUGCUACCAUCCCAGUGAGCCAAAUCUCUACCAUUGCAGGCUCAAAACUGAAGGAGAUCUUUGACAAGAUCCACAGCCUGCUCUCUGGAAAACCUGUUCAAUCUGGUGGGCGCUCUGUGUCUGUCACACUUAACCCACAGGGGCUGGACUUUGUUCAAUACAAACUGGCAGAGAAAUUUGUGAAACAAGGCGAGGAGGAAGUGGCCUCUCACCAUGAAGCAGCAUUCCCCAUCGCAGUUGUGGCGUCUGGGAUCUGGGAGCUCCACCCCAGAGUGGGCGACCUCAUUCUUGCUCAUCUACAUAAGAAGUGUCCUUACUCUGUUCCUUUCUAUCCCACUUUCAAGGAGGGAAUGGCUUUGGAAGACUAUCAGAGGAUGCUUGGCUACCAAGUAAAGGAUUCCAAAGUGGAGCAGCAAGACAACUUUCUAAAACGCAUGUCAGGGAUGAUCCGUCUGUAUGCUGCCAUCAUCCAGCUCCGGUGGCCAUAUGGAAACCGACAGGAGAUUCACCCUCAUGGCUUAAAUCAUGGAUGGCGCUGGUUGGCACAGAUCUUAAACAUGGAGCCCUUGUCAGAUGUGACAGCCACCCUCCUCUUUGACUUCCUAGAGGUGUGUGGGAAUGCCCUCAUGAAGCAAUACCAGGUUCAGUUCUGGAAGAUGCUAAUUCUCAUCAAAGAGGACUACUUUCCCAGAAUUGAAGCUAUCACAAGUUCAGGACAGAUGGGUUCCUUCAUACGCCUCAAGCAGUUCUUGGAGAAAUGUUUGCAACACAAGGACAUUCCUCUCCCCAAGGGCUUUCUGACUUCCUCCUUCUGGCGCUCCUGAUGUCACUCCAUCAUCCACCAUCACCAUUAUGCUGCAAAGAGGCAAUAAUAAAGGAACUGAAGACAGCUGUAUUUGGGAGAAGUCAUGUCAGAUUCAGAAAUGUGCCAUUAUGUAUUUUUAUGUAUUUAUACCUUGUGACUAGGAGAGGAGAUUUUCAUGCAUCACAAAUUUCUUGGAGGUCCCUUAGUAGAUUUGGUAGUUCCUUAAGAGAUCCACAUGAUAAAAUAAAUGGAAUUGGCCUUUCUUGUUUUUUGCAAAAGUGAUAAAAGGUGUUUAGCACUUGGUCUCCUCCCUUGUCUCUAGUGUCUUUCAGAAAGUUGGCAAUACCUUAACAAAUGCACUCUGAGCUGGACGGGGCCCACCAUUUGCACCCACCUACCCACCCUCCCCCCUGUUCAGAUGAAUUUCCAGAAAGAGCUAAGGCUCAUAAGGUUCCCUUUUAAGUAUUAUUUAAUAGUUGAGGCCAGAUACUUACAUGCAAGUCUGGGUUAUGGUUGUUUUGCCUUUCUCAGCUUGUGAAGUCAUUCUAAAGCCAAAGGAAGUAUGUGAUAUACACAUGGACCAAGGACCAGAUGACACUAUGGCUAGAUUAGCAUCUGGGAUUAGGACUGGAAACACAUGUCAUAUUGAACCAAGGGGUACUCUUUGUCGUCCUAAUUUGGAAUUUGGUCCCUGGAUGGCUAGGGAUCCAUGAACCAGGCAGGUACCUUUUUUGUUUUUGUUUUUGUUUUGUUUUGUUUCUUUUCUGUUUGAAUUAAGAUGGACUAAGAUGGGGCUUGCAACAUUAAACACGAGCUGAGCAUCCAUAAGCAUUGAAUUGGGAUUAAAUAAAGAUGUUGGGCAGGAACUGAACACUGCUAAUAUGAUGAUAAAUAUGCCUGACUAAAGCCACUACAGAAAUCCAGAGAUUGGCUGUUAAAAUUUGUUUCGUGGAAAGACUAAUUCUCUUUGAUACGGCAGAGGCAGUGACCAUGGAUCUGUUCCUCUGUGCUGUCUUGUGCCAGGGUGUGUUUGUGGGGGAGUGUUCACUGGUACUCUUGAGUGGCCUGAAGUGACCCAUUCUAUGAAUUGUUAAUUAAGGUGCCAAAAAAAAUAAAUAAUAAAGCUUGGUUUUUUAAAAAACCCA